AUGCCCGUGCCCGUGCCCCUUUCUGGAAGGCAGCAAGUUGCCUCGCGACUUUUGCAGCUGAAGGGACGCGCCCCCGGGCACCGAGGCGAGGAGGGAGCGAAGUCCUUGGCCUCCGCCCUCCGCGAGCUGACGCAGUUGAAGACACUCGUGUUGAGCCUGAACGAGAACAUGAUCGGCCCGGGGCCUCGAAGAAGCCACAGCGAUGCCGGCGCCACCGCACUGCUGGAGAGUUUGCGGGAGCUGCGGCAGCUCACAAACCUCGAAGUUGAGCUGCAAAGGAACGAGCUCAGCCCGGGCCUCGGGCGAGAUGAAGCGGCAUCUUCCGCCUUGCCACAGAAAAACCCCACCGGCCCAGGCGGAAAGGUCCAGCAGAAGCUCCGGGCCGCCUUCGAUUCACUGCCGGUGGCCUUGGCCUCGGCGCGCUGGCGGUGGGUGGCCUUUCUCCGGAGCGCUUCGAUUCUGCUGCCUGCUGCCGAAAAAGCAGAGGCCAUGAGUGCCGCAGACGUUGCCGUGCUUGAGGGGGGCGAGCCGUCUAUGGCAAGGGUCGCCAGUCCCACCUCGGUAGCCGGGGCGGCCUGCGCCGGUGACAAGGCGUUCUCGGCGAUUUGCAUUGAGAAGUUGAGUCAGGAAGGCUUGAACAGACGUAGUUCCGGUCGCGCAAGGCGCUGUGACAACCACACGGCGCACGAUGAAGAUCGCAGGCGUCGUCGCGGUGGCUGCAAACGCCGGAGGCGCCUGGAGUCCGGGAUGCAGGCGCCGCAGCCGUGGCUGAGAGCCUGCGAAGCUUCCGGCAGAAUUGGGGGCACUCUGCGACCCAACGGGCAGCCAUGCUUGGAAGAGAAGGAGAAGCUCCGGGCCGCCUUCGAUGCGCUGCCGGUAGGCGCGAAGGAGCUCCUCCUUUUGGUGAUCCGAGGAGAAGAACGAGGAGAAGCUCACGGAAACCGCCUUCGGUGCGCCGCUGGCGGGUGGGCGCGUUGGCCUUUGAUCCGAGGCCCACGGCCCUCCUGGUGGCCUUUUCCUGAGUGCUGGGGGCUUGCCGACAAAGCAGAGGUCGCUGCGCGCCGUGCUGGAGUCCGAACAUCAGGACGUGUCUGGAGUGUAGAUCUCACCUUCUUCGAGCGCAGGCUCGGGCGUUCAAAAAGGGGCCACUGCUGUAGCAUAUAUGCAAUUGAAGGUUUUGUUGUUUCGCUUGGGUCCGUCGUGGUUUCGGACCUCGAGGACUGCGCUGAUAUUAUGUUGUAUUAUGCCUACUUCAUGUGA